AGAGAGAGAGAGAGAGAGAGAGAGAGACUCAUAGAUCCACAGUGUUGCAACGCAGCGGCGCAUCUAAACUCCUCCUGCCGGUCAUUGCGCGGACAUCAUGUGGAUAACACCAGCCCGACACACACACCGCUCACAGGGGACCCUAUAUAAGGGCUGCAGCUGUCAGGUGGAGGACACUGGCUGCUCUGCGUUGAGGGACGACUCGCUUUAGCUCUGUACACGUAGAUCCAAACUACUCUAACCAUGUCUCACGCUUGGGGAUACGCAGCGGACAACGGACCAGACAAGUGGGCUGAUAACUUCCCUAUUGCCAAUGGACCCCGCCAGUCUCCCAUUGACAUCUUACCUGGUGCGUCAGCGUACGACGCGGGGCUGAAGCCGCUCCAGCUGAAGUACGACCCCUCCAACUGCCAGGAAAUCCUCAACAACGGCCAUUCCUUCCAAGUGACCUUCGUCGAUGACACCGACAGCUCAACUCUGAAAGAAGGGCCCAUCUCAGGGACCUACAGGCUCAAGCAGUUUCAUUUCCACUGGGGAGCCUCUGACGACAAAGGCUCCGAACAUACCGUGGCCGGGACCAAGUAUCCUGCUGAGCUCCAUCUGGUGCACUGGAACACCAAAUACGCAAGUUUUGGUGAGGCUGCUAGCAAGCCUGAUGGGCUCGCUGUUGUUGGAGUUUUCCUGCAGAUUGGUGGUGCAAACGCCAGUCUCCAGAAGGUUCUUGACACCUUUAGUGCCAUCAAGGCCAAAGGCAAGCAGACCACCUUCGCCGACUUCGACCCUUCCACCUUGCUCCCCGCUUGCCUAGACUACUGGACCUAUGACGGCUCCCUGACCACACCCCCUCUGCUGGAGAGCGUUACCUGGAUUGUCUGCAAAGAGCCAAUCAGCGUCAGCGCCGAGCAGAUGGCCAAAUUCCGCAGCCUGCUCUUCUCCGCUGAGGGCGAGGCCGAGUGCUGCAUGAUGGACAACUACCGACCUCCCCAGCCGCUCAAGGGUCGCUCUGUCCGUGCUUCCUUCAAGUAAUACCCCUGCCCCCCCCCCCCCCCCUUUUUGGCCCUAGUGCCCUGUUGCCCUCUCCCUUCCCCCUCCUUUUUAGUCAGUUACCUCUCGCAGUGAGCCACAAAGCACACAUAUCUCUCUCCGUCCAAUUUUUUUUUUUAUAGAAAUCAUAUUCCUACUGUGAGAUGAAGCACUUAUUUUGGGUUUUGCAAGUGUCUGUGUAAAUUAUGAUACAGCCAUGAUUCCCUGUCGGCAUUUAUUCUGGAAGACAAACGCUUCACGAUGGCUCCGACACGUGUUUCAGAGAUAUACCACCAGUGUGUGUAGUUCUUCUCUCGUGUCAACAACGACCACGAGGAUGAACGAAUGAAGAUGGGCUAUAGUCAAAAUGGUGCCAGCAGGAAGCAGAAUGCACAAGCUAGUCGCAGUAGGCAAGGGGGGAGGAUGAGACUACAUCACCAUCUGUGAGGAGGGUAAGGUGCAGAUAAAAAAGACACACACACACACACACUGGACACAUACACUGCCAGUCUGUCUGUAAUCUCUGUCUGACUGCCAGCCUCAGCAUCACGGCAGCUUAAUGAAAUGCUGCAGCCGCCUCCAUCACAAACGAUUGACUCAGAAAAUCCCCCUCUGGCACACACACACACACACACACACACACUCGCAUACAACAUGGCACGCUCAGCCUCGUGCAGACAUGAUGCCUAUAGGCACUGACCUGCUUAUUGAUUUGAAUGCAGCAAAGGGCAUGAGGAGAGGCUGCUGCUGCUUCUGUUAGACACCGAACAUCAUGACAACGGCUCAUUGCUCUUAGUUUGCAGCCUUUUUACAUCGUUCAUGUGUUUGUCAUCCUGUGUGUUUUUAUUAGUAUUGUGUCUCUUCUGCUCAUGCAAAAUAAGUCUUAAUCGAUUCCUAAAUCAUGUUUCUGGAACCAAAAGCUUGUCUGCAUUUUGACGCCCUGGUGAAAAUAGCAAUAGAGAGGAACAAUCCUUCUUUUUUAAUAUGAAAUGUGAUGUGUGUAAAAGAUAAAAUCCCUCCGUGUGUUGUUCUGAAACCCUAAAGCUUAAAGCGCACAGUCGCCGUGUGGGCGAAGCCACAGUGGCUAUUGCACAAAGCCAAGGAAUAAAUUACCCUGCCAAGGAAGACGAGGAAGAAAAGAAGCUGCCAAUGGAUCAGAUUAUAGUGUCAGCCUGCUGUCGGGCCCUGUAUGGGAGAAGAGCUAACAAAAGACCAUGAGAGGUCCUGAAGACCUCUGGGGUUCUCCCUGUAUGCAUUUUUUUAAACAAUAAAGAAAGAUUGCAAUUAACAUAAAAAAGGACAAAAAUGCCUUGUGCCAAUCUUUGUUAGGGGCGUCCCAUGAGUAUGUGUUGUUGUCAUUCUAUUUCUGAAGUGGACGUUUUAUUAGUGAAAUAAAUAUAUUUUAUGACUAA